AUGCUGGAAAGAAGACACUAUUCAACCUCAGCGGGUGUUGCCCCCUCACAGUCGCGGCAACCACAACGACGUCCAUUUUCUGCUGAACGCGGGCGAUCACAGCCGAUGGGUGCGCAAACAACAACAACAACAACAACGGGAAAAACAACAAUGGUAACGCCUUCCCCAUUAUAUAGUCAGCGAAGUCAGUCGGCGAGGAGCCGUGGCUCAUUGAGUGGUGGACGACCAACGGGAAAUAUAACGGGAGAACGCCGUGCUGGGCGAAAUGCUGGUGUUUUAUUUCCCACCGAACGUCGAGUGAGUUUUAUGGACGGAGAACUGGAGGAGGAGGGAAUAUCAUGUGAAGAGGGACGAUCCCGCGGGGCAUUUCUGUACACCGUCCCCUCGCCAUCUAAUGUCAGCAGGAAUCAUAACAAGAACCAUAGCAGUAAUAAUAAUAAUAAUAAUAGUAACGGUAAUGGCAACCCCGUGCGUCAUCUUCUUUCAGAGUUAGUAGAAAUUAGUCAGACACUUGCAUCGUAUUUACAAGAUGCCUCAAUGCUGACGAAAGAAGUUGUACCUCAUAAUAUUGAUGGACUCGCAACCAGUCAACAACAACAACAACAACAACAUGCCACUUUGAAGGCACAAGAAAUUGAACGUAUUGUAAGACGUGUGGAAUGUCAUUUUGUGGAGAAGAUUACUGCCAUGGAGCGGAAAGAAAAAGAACAAGCUUCAGAGAUUGCAGAUCUUAAAAAAGAGAUUAGACGACUUUCGCAGGGAGAGGGACGAACAGUUUCCUCACAUCAUUUAUUAAAUAAUAAAGCAACAGGUUAUCAAGUUCCUUACCUUUCUGAUGAGAAACAGGAAGAAAUUUAUCGUGGGAGUAGUAAUAGUAUUAGCAAUUCUAUAAAUAAUACUGGUGAUAGCGAGAUUGAGUUCUUGCGACGGACACUACAAGAAGAAAAAAGACAGCGACUAUUUGUUGAGGAACAAACACAGUCACUCACAGAGCAACAUGGACGUGUUGUAAGAACACUUGAACGUCGUCUUCAGAAACAAGAGGAUCAGUUACGUGAACUCAUUGCAUCCUUAGAACACCAGCAAAACCAACAACAACAACAACAACAACAAUUCCCAUUUGUUUCCUCACCAAAUAUUCAAUCAUCCUCUCUGACGGGGUUGACCACACCACGGCGUUUACUUCGACAACAAUUGGCACAACAUGAACAAACCCAUCGCGCACUUGAGGCAUAUCGUCAUAGUGUUGGUGGCCUCAAAAAUAAAAAUGUACAGGAACGAAAUGGAAGCACAGCUGAUGGUAAAAGUGAGAUAAUGAAUGGUACUAAUGACAGUAAGGAAAAAAAAUACAAUAACAAUAGUGACAAUAUAGACGGCGAUAAUAAUGAUGAUGAUGAUGAUAUAUUCUUUGCAGAACUCGGCCUUGUUAAUACGAAAUCUAUACCAGAUGAGAUUGAUAGGCCACGAGGUACUUCACACACCACACCACACCUUUCCCCUACAAAUCUUCAUCCUUUUCCCAAUAGAUCACCCCGAGAUCAGCAGCACAGUGUGGAUAGUGUACCUCAUGUGGUGGACGCUACUGUGGCUAGAGCUGCAGUGGAGAUUGACGAUAUCGCAGCCUUUUUAGACAACAUUACACAAGAGUUGGAGAGUAUUGAUGCUAUUGAGAGUGAACGUGAAAAAAAACUCUCAGGAGGAAUUAAGGGUCUGUAG